ACGAUAUAUUUUUCCUGGGGUUUGAAAUGUCUAAUACAUUUAAGGUGAGAGGUGAUGUGAGCGGCAAGUUUGCUUCUUUCCACAGACGAAUGAGUAGCUGGAUGGGGGCCUGGGUGGGGGCGGUGUCACUAAUCCUGACACGUGAUCCCGUUUGCCCCUCCCAUUUAACCGCAGAUGGGCAGCAUCUGCGCGUCUGUUACCGAGGCCCCGCCUCCCGAUGAUGUAACAAUCUCUUCGCGCAUGUUCACAGUCUCCGGCUGGACGGUGUUAUCCUCUCCGCUCAGAGCUGAAGUGGGUCGGCGGUGUGUUCACGAAAGACUUUCGUCUGUUCCGUCGGGAUCACUGUCUGCGGGCCGAAGAUAUCACUUUCCCAUCGUUAGACCUGUGGUGCGAGGUUUAUUGGAAGAAAAACCACAACUGGAUGCAAACCACGACUGAAGACGAGGGAACAGCAACAAGUGAACCAGCCUGAGGACUGAGAGCACCGACUGGAGAGAACCCAUCUGACUCAGUGAUUCAGUCAGGAGAAAGUUUGUUAGACCUGUGGUGAGAGAUUUAUUGGAAGAAAAACCGUAACUGGAAGCAAACCACGACUGAAGACGUGGGAACAGCAACAAGUGAACCAGCCCGAAGACUGAGAGCAUCAACUGUAGAGAACCCAUCUGACUUGGAGAUUCCAGUGAUUCAGUCAGGAGAAAGUUUGGUUAAAACUGAGAAGGAAUUCGUCUCCAGGAAGCUCAAACACGGCACACCUGUUUUGUUGUCUCUGUCUAGAUAUUUAAAAAGUGGAGCAAGGGAUCCAAUUGACCAUCCUUCCUGCUCAGACUGUGGGGAGGGAUUCACUCGAUCAUUUGACCAACUGUCACACCUGUAAUUUACACAGGAGAAAGGCCUUUCACCUGCUCAGACAGUGGGAAUGGAUUCACUCGGUUAUCACAAUUGAAGUUAGAUCAGCAGGUUCACACACUGGACAAGGCCAUUCACCUGUUCUGUGUGUGAGAAGGGGUUCAGUCGGUCUUCCCACCUGUGAAAACACCAAUCAGUUCACACCACACCGGGCAGAGGCUGGUCAUCUGCUGAAUUUCUGGGAAAGGAUUCACUCGGUCAUCUGACCUAAUGGCUCACCAGUGGGUUCACACUGGGGUGAAGCCGUUCACCUGCUCAGUCUGUGGGAAAGGAUUCACUCAGUCAUCUACCCUACUGGUACAUCAGCGAGUUCACUCUGGGGAGAAGCCUUUCACCUGCUCAGUCUGUGGAAAGGGAUUCACUCAGUCAUCCAACCUACAGAGACAUCAGCGAGUUCAUACUGGGGAGAAGCCAUUCACCUGCUCAGUCUGUGGGAAGGGAUUCACUCAGUCAUUUGACCUAAUGGCUCACCAGUGGGUUCACACUGAGGAGAAGCCAUUCCCCUGCUCAGUCUGUGGGAAAGGAUUCACUCAGUCAUCCAACCUACAGAGACAUCAGCGAGUUCACACUGGGGAGAAGCUGUUCACCUGCUCAGUCUGUGGAAAGGGAUUCACUCAGUCAUCCAACCUACAGAGACAUCAGCGAGUUCACACUGGGGAGAGGCCAUUCACCUGCUCAGUCUGUGGGAAGAGCUUCACUCAUUUAUCCAACCUAUGGAAUCAUCAGCGAGUUCACACUGGGGAGAGGCCGUUCACCUGCUCAGUCUGUGGGCAGACAUUCACUAAUUUAUUCAGCCUACAGAGACAUCAGCGAGUUCACACUGGGGAGAGGCCGUUCACCUGCUCAGUCUGUGGGCAGACAUUCACUAAUUUAUUCAGCCUACAGAGACACCAGCGAGUUCGCACUGGGGAGAGGGCGUUCACCUGCUCAGUCUGUGGGAAAGGAUUCACUGAGUCAUCUACCCUCCUGGUACAUCAGCAAAUUCACACUGGGGAGAAGCCGUUCACCUGCUCAGUCUGUGGGAAAGGAUUCACUCAGUCAUCUAACCUCCUGGUACAUCAGCAAAUUCACACUGGGGAGAAGCCGUUCACCUGCUCAGUCUGUGGGAAAGGAUUCACUCAGUCAUCUACCCUACUGGUACAUCAGCGAGUUCACACUGGGGAGAAGCCGUUCACCUGCUCAGUCUGUGGGAAAGGAUUCACUCUGUCAUCUACCCUACUGGUACAUCAGCGAGUUCACACUGGGGAGAAGCCAUUCACCUGCUCAGUCUGUGAGAAGGGAUUCAGUCAGUCAUCUGCCCUACAGGCACAUCAGCGAGUUCACACUGGGGAGAAGCCGUUCACCUGCUCAGUCUGUGGGAAGGGAUUCACUCGGUCAUUCACCCUAAAGAGUCAUCAGCGAAUUCACACUGCGGAGAAGCAGUUCACCUGAUCAGUCUGUGGGAAGGGAUUCACUCAGUCAUCUACCCUACUGGCACACCAGCGAGUUCACACUAGAGAGAGGCCAUUCACCUGCUGAGAAUGUGGGAAAGGAUUCACUCAGUCAUCCCACCUACUGGCACACCUGUCAGCUCAGAAUGGGGAGUGGCCAUUGUUAUGAAUCCCUAGGUUUUGUUUGCUGUGGAGAGAGAGAGAGAUUAAGAAGGCAAAUGUGUCUGACUCGCAGCUUGUUUACAUUGUGUGCAGCUUGUUUAGUUUUAACCGAGGACACAGACACUCAGAGUCAGACUGAGACGAAGGAGGAAAAAUGGAAGGAUCAAAACCAGGGAACUAGUGGCCAAGGGCCACUGUUUGGAAUUUUCCUUUGCCCACAAGUGUUUGCUAAUUAUCGAUUCACCGUACUCAAAUGUGUGGUUGUCACCUCAUUUGAUCCGUAGGAGUGGAUCUGAUUUGGUUUAUCCUGCAGAGACCACUUAUGUGUUAACCCUUGCCUGGCUGUGGUGUGGUAAUUCAUUUGAAGACGAUACCCCUCAUGAUAAGUCACUUCGGGUGAUAAUUAUUUUGUGGAUUUAGAAGGAUGACAGAUAAAAUCUACAGCGACUGUUGGUCUCAUUUUACCACCAUGGAACCUGUGGAAUACGACAUAAUUGCCUUCUCUCAACAUUUACCCUGGAUUACAAAUAUCUCUCUCGUCACCUAUUCUGCGGUUGAACUGAACUUUCAUACUUUACCAUCUCAAGACUCCAACCCUUGUCUCCCCCGAGCUCAAUAGUUUGCGAGUUAUAUUUAUACACAUAACACUCACGAGGAAAUUGCAGAUGCUGGAAAUUCAAACAACACACACAAAAUGCUGGUGGAAAACAGCAGGCCAGGCAGUAUCUAUAAGGAGAAGAACUGUCAAUGUUUCAGGCUGAGACCCUUCGUCAGGACUAACUGAAAGGAAAGAUACUUAGAGAUUUGAAAGUGGUGGGGGGAGUGUGAAAUGAGAAAUGAUAGGAGAAGACCGGAGGGGGUGGGAUGAAGCUAAGAGCUGGAAAGGUGAUUGGCGAAAGUGAUACAGUGCUGGAGAUGGGAACGAAUCAUCGGACAGGAGGCCUCGGGAGAAAGAAAGGUGGGGGGAAGCACCAGAGAGACAUGGAAAACAGGCAAACAAUUAAAUAUGUCAGUGAUGGGGUAAGAAGGGGAAGAGCGGCAUUAAUCGAAGUUAGAGGUCAAUGUUCAUGCCAUCAGGUUGGAGGCUACCCAGCCGGUAUAUAAAGUGUUGUUCCUCCAACCUGAGUUUGGAUUAAUUUUGACAGUAAAGGAGGCCAUGGAUAGACAUAUCAGAAUGGGAAUGGGACAUGGAAUUAAAAUGUAUGGCCACUGGGAGUAGUCUGUUGCUGCUGGUUCAUUUCUAAAGCGUUAUGGUUUGUAACAAAAUGGGGCCUGCACCUGGGAUAUGAACAAAUUUAAGGAUUGAUUUAAUAUGGAUUUCAUUGGGGAAAUCCCUUUUGAUUAAUUUGUGUGUGGAAAAUCAGCAGCAAUGGAUGUUGAUAGAUAUCUGGAAGUGUGAACCUCUCAGGCAUUAGAGGACACCAGAAGGAUUGAGUUGUUGAGUAUUGCUAGAACGUUAAUACUUGCUGAGGUGAAAUUGACAAUGAGGAGGGCACAGAUGCAGAGGAUAAUAGCUGAACAUUAUGUAUCUGAGGGUGUGUUUAAAGUGGAGGAGUUGGAGGUGUUUCCUGAAAGUAAACAUCGUGGGCUUGAGCUCCAGUAGAAGUUAGAAAAAUUGAAGAUGGAGGCUCCGGAAAGGCAGAGGCAGUUUCAGGCUGGAAAGGCAAAAAAACAGACAGAAAAUUCUCUUACAAAGUGUAAUUAAAGGGAAGGCUUAGCAAGCCUAUUCUGCUUUGACAGUAGCUGAAGCAGCUGAUUAUUUACUUAUUUAUGCUGCCCCAAUCAUCGCCACUGGGCUAUAAAUGUGCAGGAGCUGUGUGUGGUUCAGUGUUUUGCUCAAGGACACACAAGCUGCCUCGGCUGAGGCUUGAACUCAUGAUCUUCGGAUUGCUAGUUCACCACCUUAACCACAUGGUCACGCAUUAUGACCACAUAUUAUGACAUAGUGAAAAACAGGCUGUGCUCAAAGCUUACGGGUUGGUCCCAGAAGCAGACAGGCAAAAGUUUAGAAAUUUGAAGAAAUCUAUGAACCAGACAUACAGAAUUUGCUUAUGAGAAAUUUGUGUGUUUUGACUGCUGGUGCACAUCUGAACAUGUAAAUGAGGAUUUUAACAGCUUGAGAGAGUUGGUUUUAAUUGAAGAAUUCAGAAGGUGCGUCCCUUUGGAUGGAGGUUCGGAGUUACUGGCACUACUGUAUACGUACUUAACAUUAUUGAAUGGCCCAUGUUGGUUAGUGUUUUUUUUUAUCUAUUUUUAUUAUUAUAUAUAUUAAUGUCUUUACACUAUUAAUUAUGUACUCUCAAACACUUUGUAUUCAUGUUUCAUUUAUGUUUGUUUAAAACUAAUAACAAGAUUUAAAAAGAGAGCAAGAGAGAAGAAUUGGUCAAAAUUGAUUUGAAAAGAACACGGGCAGGGAUGAAAACAGAACAGCAAUGGCUGGAAUUUCUGGAAGCAGUUUGCGAGGCAUAGGGUAUAUACACAUCACAAAGAGCAAGUAGUAUUCUAAAGGUAAAGUGUCAAAACCGUGGCUGAUAAGAGAAACCAAAGACAAUGUAAAAACCAAGGAGAGGGCACAGAGCAAAAAUUAUUAGGAAGUUAGAGAAUUGGGAAGCUUUUAAAAACAAACAGAAUGCAACUAAAAUAAUUAAGAAGGGAAAGAUGGAUCACAUAGAUGAGCUAGCCCGCAAUAUUAAAGAGGAUACCAAAGUUUUCUUCAGGUACAUAUAUUGUAAAAGAGAGGCUGAAGUGGAUAUCGGACCACUGAAAAAUGAUGCUGGAGAGGUAGAAAUGGGGUGGGGCUGCAUGGUGAUGGCAGAUGAACUGAAAAAGUCUUGUAUGUCACUCUUAUCUCUCGAAGACACUGGCAGGGAUAUGGAAGUCCCAGAUGUCAGUGGUCAGAAUGUGUAAAGUUACGUUACACGGGAGAAGGUUCUUUGGGAAACAGAGAUGGUCUGAAGGUAAAUAGGUCACCUGGACCAGAUGGUGUACACCCCUGAGAUCCGAAAGAGGUGGCUGAAGUGAUGUGGAGGCAUUAGCAUUGAUCUUUCGAAAAUCAUUAAGGAAAUAAAAUCCAAAGAUUUUUCCUUCACUGCUCCCCGUCUCCCAGUUUCACCCAUCACCUACCACAUCUUCCACCCCUCCAACCCCCACACUGCUUCCUCUGACGUCUCAUCUUUUUUGUUCCCAGUCUUGAUGAAGGGUCUCGGCCCGAAACGUCGACUGUUUGCUAUUUCCCAUAUAUGCUGCCUGGCCUCCCAGGUUCCUCCAGCAUUUUGUGUAUGAGUUGCUUGGAUUUCCAGCAUCCACAGAUUUUCUCCUGUUUUUGAUAAAAGCAAAAGCAGGGUCAUGUAAUAUAGCAAGAAAACAGUGGGAAGUGAGAGGAUUGGAAAUCUUUUACAUAACCAACAAGAGACAACAAAAAAAAAACACACACACUCACACACACAGGAAAGACAUGAUGAAAAAUUACGGUAAGUGAUCCAAUAAUAUCAGGUAUCAAAAGUUGUUCAGAUAUAUAAAUAUGAGUAAAAGAGAGGGAAGAGUUGAUACUGUACCACUGGAAGAUGAUGCUGGCGUGUUAGUAAUAGAGCAAAGAAAUCGCGGCCGAAUGUAAUAAGUAUUUUGUGUCAAUCUUCACUGUGUAAGACUCAUGCAGAAUAAUACUAUAAGACAUAGGAGCAAAAUUAGGCCAAUCAGCUCUAUUGAGUCUGCUCCGCCGUUCUAUCAUGGCUGAUCCCGGUUCUCACUCAACCCCAUGCACCUGUCUCCUCGGCAUAUCCUGUCAUGCCUCGACUGAUCCAUAAACUAUUAGCUUUUGCCUGAAAUGUACACACAGAGUUGGCCCCCACCGCCAUUUGUGUCACAGAAUUCCACAGAUUCACUGCACUCUGACUAAAUAAAAUCCUCCUUAACUGCUCUAAAAGGUUGCUCCUCCGCUUUCAGGCUGUGCCCUCUGUUAUGGCUACCCCCACCAUAGGAAAAGGCCUCUCCUCAUCCACCCUAUCUGGACUUUUCCACAUUCGGUGGGUUUCAGUGAGAUUCAAGAUUCAGGAUGAGGUUUAUUACUUCAGGCAUUUGGCUUGAAAUUUGUUGACAGCAGCAGCAGUUCAAUGCAAUACAUAUUCUGGCAUAGAUAAUAAUAAUAAAUGAAUUUAAACAAUAAUCAAACAGCAGUUCAAAGCAAUUCAUAUUCUGACAUAGAUAAUAAUAAACUAAUUAAAACAAUAAUCAACAAGUAAAUCAAUUAUGUGUGAGGAAUAGUUUAUUAAAAUGUGUAAAAACGGAAAUACUGUAUAUUGAGUGUCCAAAGCUUUCAAAGUCCAUUCAGGAAUCGGAUGAAAGAGGGGAAGAAGCUUUUCCUGAAUCACUGAGUGUGCGCCUUCAGGCUUCUGUAUCUCCUACCUGAUGGUAACAGUGAGGAAAGGGCAUGUCCUGGGUGCUGAAGGUCCUUUAUAAUGGACGCUGCCUUUCUGUGAUACCGCUUCCUGAAGAUGUCCUGGAUACUUUGUAGUCUCGUACCCAAGAUGGAGGUGACGAGAUUUACAGCCUUCUGCAGCUUCUGAACACCCUCCACCCACAUUUACUAAACAUAAGUCAGUGCAGGAAUACAGGCCCAAAGCUGGCAAACGCUUCUCAUGCUUAACCCCUUCAUUCCCGGAAUCGUCUUCGUGAAGAUCCUCUGGACUCUCUCCAAUGAUAACACACAUUUUCUAAGAUAGAAGUCCCGCAUACUCUAACUAACGGAAUGUUAGCCUUCAUUGGUAGAGGGAUUGAGUUCAAGAGCAGGGAGGUAAUGCUGCCACUAUACAGGGUACAGGUGAGGCCACACCUGGAGUACUGUGUCCAGUUCUGGUCUCCGUACUCGAGGAAGGAUAUACAGUACUGGCUUUGGAGGCAAUGCAGAGAAGGUGAACCAAUUUGAUUCCAGGGAUGAGGGGGUUAACCUAUGAGGAGAGAUUGAGCGCCUGAGGCUUUUCUCUCUGGGGUUCAGAAGAAUGAGAGGGAAUCUUAUAGAAAUACCCAGAAUUUUGAAAGGGAUAGAUAAGAUAGUAGGAAAGUUGUUUCCAUUGGUAGAUGAGACUAGAACUUGGGGACAUUGCCUUAAGAUUCAGGAGAGAAGAGUUAGGACGGAGAUGAGGAGAAACUAUUUUUCCCAGAGAGUGGUGAAUCUGUGGAAUUCUCUGUCCAGGGAUGCAGUUGAGGCUUCCUCACGAAGUAUAUUUAAGAUACAGUUAGAUAGGUUUUUGCAGAGUAAGGGAAUUAAAGGCCAUAGGGAAAAGGCAGGUAGAUGGAGCUGAGUUCAGCCAUGAUUUUAUUGAAUGGCGGGGCAGGCUCAAUGGGCCAAUGGCCGACUCCUGCUCCCAUUUCUUAUGUUCUGACGUGUGGCCUGAGUAGUGUCUUAUAAAGCAACAGCGUUAUCUCAUUGCUAAUAUAUUCUACUUCACUUUAAAUAAAGCCAGCAUUGCAGUUGCCUUCUUUACCACAGACUCAACCCGUAAAUUAAUCUUCUGGGAGUCUUGCCCAAGGUCCUGGUGGCGUAGUGACGUCAGCGCCGGACUCCGUAACGGAGGUCCCCGGGUUCGAAUACAGUCGGGCCUCUCCCGAGUACGCUUUCCAUCCGUGCCGGAUUGAGUGUUGAGCUCGGAAUUCGACCUCACAAAAUAAAGAAAGAUACUGUGAAAUGUCUGUGUGAGCAGCAGCGCCCCACACAACCUUCCGAUCCGCGCCUUGUAAGGCAUGAAAAUGCCCGACGCUGCCCUGAGUCAGUCCUGAGUCGACGACCUCAUCAUCAUCAUCAUCACAUUUCCUUCUGUACUUCUGUGGCUUGAACCUUCUCCCCAAUCAGAUAACAGUUCACUAUUGUUCCUUUUGCCGAAAUGCACUAUCGUACUUUUCCCAAUAUUGUAUUCCAUCUGCCACUUUCUUGCUCAUUCUUCAAAUUUCUCUGAGUCCUGCUGCAAUCGUAUUGCUUCCUCAGCACUACCAUCACCUCCACCUAUCUUUGUAUCAUCCGCAAACCUUGUCACAAAGCCAUCAGUUCCAUUAUCCAAGUCACUGACAAACUAUGUGAAAAGUAGCGGUCCGAAUACUAACCCCUGAAGACCACAAGUCACUGCUGGCCAACCAGAAAAGGCCCCUUUUAUUCCCACUCGCUGCCCCUUGGCUGUCAGCCAGUCCUCUAUCCUUUCCUGUAUUACUUCUGACUUUUAUCCUGUUAAGCAGUUUCAUGUGUGACACCUUAUCAGAUGCUUUCUGAAAAUCCAAGUAAGUGAUAUCCACUGCCUCUCGUUUGUCCAUCCUGCUUAUGACUUCCUCGAAGAUCUGUAACAGACUUGUCAGGCAAGAUUUCCCUGUACAGAACCUAUGCUGGCUUUGACAUUAUAUCAUUAGUCUCCUAGUACCCCAAAACCUCAUCUGUUAUCAUGACUCCACACUUUCUCAGCCACUGAGGUUAGGCUAAUUGGACUAUAAUUUACUUUAAUUCGCCUUACUCCCUUCUCAAAGAGUGGAUUGGCAUUUGCAAUCUACCUGUCCUCUGGGACCAUGCCAGAAUCAAGUGAUUCUUGACGGGUCAUGACCAAUGCAUCUGUUAUCUCUCCAGCAACCUCUCUCAGGACUCUGGGAUGUAGUCCAUCUGGUCCAGGUGACUUAUCCACUUUAAGAACCUGAGUUUGCCUCAGACGUUUUCCUUUGUGAUAGCAAUGGCACUCACUCCUGUACCCUGACACCCAUGGAUCUCUGGCACACUGGUGGUGUCUUCCACAGACAAGACGGAUGCAAAGUACCUAUCAAGUUCAUCUACCAUCUCUUCCCCAUUUGUACCCCAUGAGCAUCAUUUUCCAGUGGUCCAAUAUCAACUCGCGCCUCCCUUUCGUAUAUUUUAUAACUGGUUGAUAUUAUUGUAUAGUUUGCUGUCAUAAUUCACCUUUCGCCUUAUAGCUUUUAUUUUAAAUUUGCCUGUUGUUAGAUAUUAAA